AGCGGCGGGAGGAGGAGGAGGAGGGAGGAGUUGGCGGUUGGGAGGAACGCGCGCGGUUGGUAAGGUCAGUAAAGUAAAGGAUGUACCUUGGACCAUGGGUCAGUCUGUGUGCAUCUGUUCUCGUGGGAUAUUGACAAUCGAAAAUAAACGCUAUUUCUUUAUACAGAACCUGGAUGAAGGAGGUUUCAGCUACGUGGACCUGGUGGAGGGAGCCCAGAACGGCCGGUUCUAUGCCCUGAAACGCAUCAUCUGUCACGAUAAAGAAGAUCGCAAGAAUGCGCUGCAUGAGGUGGAGAUGCACCGGAUGUUUAGCCACCCCAACGUCCUACUCCUGGAGGCCCACUGCAUCCAGGACAAGAGCCCCAAGUGCGAGGCCUGGCUGUUGCUGCCUUACAUCAGGAAAGGCUCCCUGUGGGCAGAGUUGGAGAAGCUGCGGGAUGCAAAUAGUUUCAUGUCUGAGGAAAGGAUUCUCCGCAUCUUCCAUGGGAUCUGCGCCGGGUUGAAAGCUAUACAUGAUAAGGGCUAUGCACACAGGGAUGUGAAACCCACCAACGUCCUUCUGGAUGAGGAUGAGCAGCCUCUGCUGAUGGACCUGGGGUCAAUGAACAAGGCUCGGAUUGAAGUCAAAGGGUCACGGGAAGCCAUGUCCAUUCAGGACUGGGCAGCUCAGAGAUGUACUAUAUCGUAUCGAGCACCUGAGCUCUUCACUGUGGAGAGUCACUGCAUUAUAGAUGAACGGACAGACAUUUGGUCCCUAGGUUGUGUGCUGUAUGCUAUGAUGUUCCUGGAAGGACCAUACGAUGGUAUUUUCCACAAAGGUGAUAGCGUGGCCUUGGCUGUGCAGAAUCCAAUAUCCAUUCCUAUAAACUGCAGAAUGAAUCUCUGCCUGUUCCUUGGAGAGGACUGCCUGGGAGCGAGUUGUAAUUGUAACACGAUGAAGAAAAAAGCAGUGCAUGCAUUCGACAACCUGCAGCACCUGCUGAGGUCUAUGAUGGUUGUCAAUCCCCAAGAGAGACCAAACAUCAGUUGGGUGCUGAGCCAGAGUGAACAGUUACAGCCCCCGGGGAACAUCCAGGAGACCAGCCGGAUAUGAAGGCUCCUGAGGUCCAACUCAUCAUGUAGACCCGAGAGAGCGAUUCCUGACACAGUUCAGCAUGAAAAUCCUGACCGGAAAACUUUUGCACAGAAGCAGAAUCUCUAAAUCCUGCCACCAUAGCUUCCAAUUGCUGCACAAUACGUCAAACCAUCCUUUGGCUUUCACGUCAUCCAGACUGUUAUUUCUUUAGGGGAAAGAGAAACUAUUGUAGUUGUGAUUUUCCAUUUAUAGGCAGUCAAAUGGAUUCUUGGCUUUUUCUCUUUGCUUUCCAUUGAAUAUUCCUCAGACUGGUCUGAUUUCUAAUCCACUAUCUUCCCACCCGCUUUACAACCCCAAGGUGCCUUCUGCUGUGUCCAGCCUUCUGCGGUACUCUUAGUGAAUAGAGGUUGGUGUUUUUUGGGAGUGGGGGGGAAUGUUAAAUGUAUUGAAAUUUA